AUGAAGUACGCUUUCGCCGCCGCGGCCCUUGCUGCCACCGUCUACGCCCAGGACAUCUCCACCAUCCCUUCUUGCGCCAUCCCCUGCAUUGACGCCUCGAGGGCCGCUGUCACCACUUGCGGUGAGACCGACUACAAGUGUCUGUGUGACAACAUCACCGCCAUCCAGGGUGACGCCACCACCUGUGUCAUCAGCGCUUGCGGUGCCACUGUCGCCGUCAACGACGUCCUCCCAGCCACCCAGGCUUUCUGCGCCGCCGUUGAGGCCGGCGGUGACUCCACCACCUCCGCUGCUGAGACAACCUCUGCCGCCGAGACCACCUCCGCUGCUGAGACAACCACCGUCGCCGAGCCGACUACCACGGCCGCCAGCACCGUCAGCGAGGCCACCACAUCGGCCUCGGAGAGCGAGGGCGGCAGCUACCCGACCACUGUCAUCUCCAGCACCAGCUACGUGCCCACCACCAUUGUCAGCACCAGCACCAAGGCCCACACCAACAGCACCGCCUCGGCCACCUCGGCCCCGUCGACCGUCGUCACUGCCGGUGCCGCCGUCGCUACUGCCGGCUCUGUUGGCAUGCUCGUCCUCGGCGCUCUCGCUGCCAUGAUCUAA